UAAGGGGAUAAAAUUAAUCAUGUCAGCAUGCCUUUUUCCUUCGCUUGCACCAAACAUAUUUCGUUGUAGUCUGAACAAAUAACAUCCACUCUUAAAAGUUGGUUGAUAUAACACAAAAUGAGAAAGUUGUCAGACUGAAAAUUCGUAAUUAGUGAAUGGUGAAGGCUAUAAAUUUAUGUAUACCUGCAAUUUAUGUUGUGAAGGAGACGAGUCAUCAUAUAUGACUGGAACAAAUGAAAUCAAAAAAUAAUAUUCUGUGAUUGGAGUUAUAAAUGACGUCAGAAACUGUGGAAGUCACAUUUUUGCAGUUAUCUUGGGACGAUAUUUUGUUCCAACACGUUUUACCGUUCCUUACGCUUAAGGAUUGUUUCAAUUUGCGAUCUACUUCUAAACAGUGUAAAGAAUUUGUAGAUAGUUACUUCACAAUCAUAAAGAAAGUAGACAUAGCUGUAUUUAAAAAAUUCAAUGGUCCUGCUUUUAAAGUAUUGAUUGAGAACUGUUUCAGUGUUCGACACCUAAACCUUACCUAUUGCAAUUGGCUUGAUGAUAAACUUCUUAAACCUUUGCUCUACAACAGUAAGCACCUAAGUUAUGUUAACUUAAGUGGGUGUCUUGGGUUGACUAGCGCAUGUCUACAGCCUCUCAUUGUCUCUUGCAAAGACUUGAGAAGUCUGACAUUGAAAAACUGUCAUUGGGUAACUGUUGACAGUAUUACAGCUCUAACAUUCCAUCAGAACAACUUGGAAGAAGUAGAUCUCACAUCAUGUUGGGAUCUGGGCGAUGAAAGUCUAAUUACAUUUCUUCAGACAUUCAGAAGGCUGCGUGUGCUGUGUAUCUCCAAUAUUUAUUCAGUCACUGAUGAAACAAUGUUUGCAAUUGCUUACUAUUCUCAAUAUUUAGAACAUCUUAAUGUAAGUGGAUGCUGGCGGAUCAAGGAUGAUGGAGUGAGGAUGGUUGGAGAAUGCUGUCAUAACUUACAAUCACUGCUCAUUAAGGAUUGCAGAUACAUCACUGAGAGUAGUCUAGGUCGGUUACGGAAUCACAUUUUCAUUGACAAGCCUGAUAUUUCUUAUUAUUAAGAGAAAUGCAUCAUCCAGUACCUAUUAUGGGGCUUAAUCUGUGAACAUUUCCUGCCUAAAAGAGAACUUGCAAGAUAUUGUAAAAGUAAAAGUAAAGUUUGUCCCACUAUACACCAUGAGUGGAGGGAUAGCUCCUCUCCUCCUUGACCCCGGCACUAGAUGGGGGUGAGUGGUCAGCAUCACGCCCCGGCCGGCUUUACCCCCGGGAAAGGACCCCAGUACCCAUUGUAGAGGAGGCUGGGUGGGCCGCAGAGCCGGUCUGGACGCAGAGGCUAGAGGAAAAAUCCUCUGUCCCCGUCGGGGAUCGAACCCCGGUCGUCCAGCCCGUAGCUAGUCACUAUACUGACUGAGCUAUCCCGGCUCAUUGCAAGAUACUGUAAUGUUGUGAAAUUCAUGAGACACAUCAACACUGUGCUUUCAUGUUUUGUCCUACGUACAUUAUACUGAUCAGUCUUAAUUUAUAAGCAGUGUACUGCUGUUUUUUGAAAGCUAACUUUCAAAGUAUUUAUUAAAAAAAUGUUUCUUCAAA